AUGAUCACCAAACAGGCGGCAGUGGAUGAGAGAGGAGGAGCUGGCACGGCAGCUACUUCUGAGCCAACUGUCAAAUCAUGUAACAACUCGCCUUUGUUCCUUCGCCUCCCUAUCUCGUUCCCCCCCCCUCGCCAGACGGCAGUGGAUGCGAGAGGAGGAGCUGGCACGGCAGCUGCAUCUGAGCGGCAGUGGAUGAGAGAGGAGGAGCUGGCACGGCAGCUGCAUCUGCACCCGAAGCAGCUGAGUUGGGCAUAUGGCAAUGUUGUUGCACGCUUACCCUUUAUUUCCCCCCACCAACAGGCGGCAGUGGAUGAGAGAGGAGGAGCUGGCACGGCAGCUGCAUCUGCACCCGAAGCAGCUGAGGCGAACACUGAAGAUGCUGGAGGAGGAAUUGAUGAUCGUGCGCGAGCACAGGAAGGAGGUGAGAGCGGUGGGGUGUGGUGCGGUGUGGUGUGGUGGGGUGUGGUGGAGUUAAUGUGUGAUAUGGUGGUGCGGUUUAGUGCAGUGGGUGGUAACCACUUGAAGCAGCUGAGGCGAACACUGAAGAUGCUGGAGGGAGCUGAUGAUCGUGCGCGAGCACAGGAAGGAGGUGAGAGCGGUGGGGUGUGGUGCGGUGUGGUGUGGUGGGGUGUGGUGGAGUUAAUGUGUGAUAUGGUGGUGCGGUUUAGUGCAGUGGGUGGUAACCUCUUGAAGCAGCUGAGGCGAACACUGAAGAUGCUGGAGGGAGCUGAUGAUCGUGCGCGAGCACAGGAAGGAGGUGAGAGCGGUGGGGUGUGGUGCGGUGUGGUGUGGUGGGGUGUGGUGGAGUUAAUGUGUGAUAUGGUGGUGCGGUUUAGUGCAGUGGGUGGUAACCUCUUGAAGCAGCUGAGGCGAACACUGAAGAUGCUGGAGGGAGCUGAUGAUCGUGCGCGAGCACAGGAAGGAGUGAAUGGUAACCUCUUGAAGCAGCUGAGGCGGACGCUGAAGAGUCUGGAGGAGGAGUUGAUGGUCGUGCACGAGCACAGGAAGGAGAACACGAGAGCAGCCAAGAAACUGAAGGGGGAGGGGGAGGAGGGGAAGGAAGGGGAGGGGGAAGGCGAGGGGUCGAAAUGGGAAGGCAAGCCGGGGCAGAAGCCGAAGCAGCACUCCCACUCCUACUGCUGCCUGCACUACCCCCAGAUCUAUGACGUGGUGAGGUACCGCAUCCACCGGGCGAAGAAGGCUAUAAAGGACGAGCUAGACAGUCGCAAGGAGGUUAUGUACCUGCUGUGCCCCAACCCGCACUGCAAGGCCAGGUGGGUGGGGUCCAACCUCAUUUAUCCCGUGGACUUCAACCUCAAGUGCGAGCGCUGCCACUCAGAGCUGGAGGCGGAGUCAGACAUGCUGGGAGGGUUGACCCUGUGUGCCUGUCCGUCUGUUCCCUGCCUCUCCGUCCACAGAUACUCCACACUGGAUACGGAUAGGCUGAUUGACCCAGUUGACUUCAACCUCAAGUGCGAGCGCUGCCACUCAGAGCUGGAGGCGGAGUCAGACAUGCUGGGAGGGUUGACCCUGUGUGCCUGUCCGUCUGUUCCCUGCCUCUCCGUCCACAGAUACUCCACACUGGAUACGGAUAGGCUGAUUGACCCAGUUGACUUCAACCUCAAGUGCGAGCGCUGCCACUCAGAGCUGGAGGCGGAAUCUGACAUGCUGGGAGGAGGGGGAGGCGGAGGGGGAGGGGUUGACGGGGAGGAUAACACAAGGAAGAAGAAGAAAGAGGCUCUUCAAAACAUGCUGGCGAGGUUCGAGCGCCAACUGAAACCCCUGAUGGAGCAGAUAGUGAAGGUGAAGGACCUCACGCCGCCCUACUUCGGGUCUCUAUCCGAAUGGGAGGCCAAGGCGUCGCCAGCACAGAGGGCAGCCGCAGUGGGGGGGGACAUCCCCAAGGCCCUCCCCCGUCUGGCCGGGCCAGGGGGAGGCGGUGCAGGGUCUACCCCUCUGCCCUUCAUGGGGGAAACACGGUCUCUCCCCCGGUUGGCGGGGCCGCGGGCCGCAGGGGGGAGAGUGGGUGCUGGGUCGACUCCUCUUCCCUUCAUGGGGGAGACACGGGUAGGUGGAUUGCAGGCACAGAGGGCAGCCGCAGUGGGGGGGGAGAUUCCCAAGGCUCUCCCCUGUCUGGCAGGGUCGGGGGGUGGGGGUGCCGGGUCGACCCCCCUGCCCUUCAUGGGGGAGACACGGGUGUCACCUUGUCGAGGUGAGAGUUCAAUGCACCGCCCACACAGAGGGGAGAUUCCCAAGGCUCUCUGUCUUGCAGGGCCGGGGGGAGGGGGUGCUGGGUGGGUCGACUCCUCUUCCCUUCAUGGGCGAGACCACGGGUGCGAUUGGUUGAGUGGGAUUUCAACCCUUGACCCUUCCAAGGCGUUGUCAGCAUUGAGGGCAGCCGUAGUGGGAGGGGAAGGGGCGCUGGGUCCACUCCUCUUCAUCUUCAUGGGGGAGACACGGGUGGAGGUGGAGGUUUCGAUUGGAGGGGAGGACGUGGGUGCUGCUGGUGGUGGGGGAGGAGGAGGAGGGGGAGGAGGAGGGGAAGGAGCGUUGACAAAACCGGCAGAAAUGAAGGUUAUUCCGAAGUGGGCCAUACGGGAGGGUAUGGUGCUGACAGCUGCGCAGAGAGGGGAGGUGGAGGAGGAGAAACCAGGGGGCGAAGGGGAGGGCGGGGAGGGGGGAGCGGGGGAAGGGGAUGGGGGAGCGGGGGAGGGUGCGGCGGGGGGAAUGUCGGCAGAGGAAGAGGCAGAGCAGCAGAGACUACAGGAAUACUACAAGGCAUAUUAUGCCGCAUUGCUGCAGCAGCAACAAGCACAAGCUGCAGCAGCAGCAGGCGGAGCGGACACCGCUGCCCCUACUGCUGCUGCUAUUGACACUGUUCCUCCCCUCUGUUCCCCCUUCCUGUAUCACCAGGAAUAUUACAAGGCUUACUAUGCCGCAUUGCUGCAACAGCAACAGGCAGCGGCAGCAGCAGGCGGAGUGGACACCACUGCCCCUACUGCUGCUGCUACCGACACUGCCACAGCCGCAGCUACUACUGAUGUCGCUCCUGCCAAUGCUGCAGCAGCAGCAGCAGGGGAGGGAGAUGAGGAGGAGGAUGUGACAUGGGAAGAGGGGGACGCAGGAGCAUAUGCCACCCCUCCUGCUCCUACUACUGCUCUCCCUUUCAACACGAGUCAAGCACUGCCCACUACGCCUAUAGCAGCAGCAAUUCAGGAGGAGGACGAGGAGGCGGAUUAUGAGUGGGAGGAUGGGGAUGGGGUGGAUGGUGGGGUGGGAGGGAGUGGGGGGGAGGUUGGUGGGGACGGGAGUGGGGGAGGGGUGAGUGGAGGGGCAGGGAGUGCGGGUGGAACAGGGGAUGGGGCUGGUGUUGCGGUUACCCCGGAGCCGGUGGGGGUAGGAGAGGCUGAGGGUGAGGAUGAUGAGGAUAUAGAAUGGGAUGAGUAA